AUGUACGGCUUUUUUGAAGGCUUGGAGUCGCAAUACUAUUAUCAUCAAUUUUAUAGUCUAAAUUAAUCAAAACGAUAUUAUUAUAUAUUAAUUUUAAUGAAUUAGAAGAACAAUAAUUGCCAUUAUACUUCAAGAGAUAACCAUCCCAGCAAUCCACCUACUAGAAGAGGAAUUUCGAGUUUUCUCUUAAAAACUUACUCGAUGGUUAUGGUAUUUUAUACAACUCAUUUUCUUGUAAUCCAGACCCUUAAUUUGCGAAUCAAAUAUAAUGAUUUGAGAAUUAAAUUCUGGAAAAUUACAAUAUGAA